ACGAGAAAAUGGAAGAAAGGCUCAACCAGAAUUGUAGUAGUAAGGAGGAGGAGGAAGAAGGUAUCACAACAACAAGGAUAUUUGUGGGAGGAUUGGGAGAAACUGUGACCAGCGAUGAUAUUCACAAGAUGUUGUCAUCUUUGGGAACGGUUAAGGCAGUGGAUAUUGUGAGGACCAAAGGUCGUAGAUUUGCUUAUUUGGACUUCCUUCCCUCAUUCGCACAAUCUCUUUCCAAGCUCUUCAGCACGUAUAAUGGGUACCUUCUGGAAGGGAGGGAAGUUGAAACUUGAAAAGGCUAAAGAACAUUAUCUUGUUCUCUUGAGACGGGAGUGGGCCGAAGAUGGUGAACUUGCAAUUAGUCAACCUAGUAAUAGUAUUGAUAAAAAUACAAAAAUUGUCUCUUCAGAUAAGCCCAAGAAAACUGUGAAUCGAGAAAAGUCUCAGCUUAGGAUUUUCUUUCCCAAGUUGAAAAAGAUGAAGUCGUUACCUUUUAGUGGAACUGGCAAGCACAAAUAUAGUUUCCAACGCAUUGAAGUUCCUUCUCUCCCAACCCAUUUCUGUGAUUGUGAGGAACACUCUGGCCCUCCUCACACUGCUCAAAAACAAUACUUUUGUGAUCGAGAGCCACAAAGUGGUGGGAUGAACGAGGAGGAGCUUAAUAUGAUGAACUCAGUAAUGAACAAGAUCUUUGAGAGGGAAACUGAUUUAAAGGUGGCAUAUAAUGUGACUGGACUGACCAAGGGAGGACACGAUUCCCUCAAAUCAACUAAUGAAUAGCUAAUUGAUGACAAUGAAUCAGAUCAUGCAGCAGACGAGGAUGAACUGCAAAUUGAUGACAAUGAAUCAGAUCUUGCAGAAGAUGAGGAUAACCUUGUAAUUAACAUGUUCACUGGGUGACACAGAAUGGCUUUGCUAGGGAGCCAGGAACAGGAACCAAUAUCAAUGAAUCGGUCAAGAUUCAAUGAUACCUGGAUGUCGACAAAUGGGCCAGCCCAGAUUACUUUUCCUUCUACCAAGAAGAGGAAAUCACUUCAUAUUGAUGAGAGUGAUGGAAAUGAAUCUUUGUCUGCCAUCCCUGGAAAGAAGCCAAGCUUGCAAACCCAUUCAAAUGAUUCAGGAGUACAAUCGGGUGCUCAAACUAGUGAACUGAGACCAGGCAUCCAGAAAACAACUGCCAAUCUUUCAUGGUCUCAGAAAUCUUCAUGGAGAGAACUUGUAGGUGAUAAGGGCAACAGUCCAUUCAUCAUCUCAGAUAUGCUGCCAGGUGUUGCUUCAAGAAAACAAGAGCAGGCAAAGUCUGAUGGUCUAAAUGACCAUGAUAUUAUUGACAGAAAAAAGCAAAACCUAGUAAACCAUGAAAACUUGGAAGCCCAAUCUGGAAAAUUGAAAGGGCUGGAGGGCCUCGCAGAAGCUCAGCCUCCCAUACCUGAUGAAGUUGUAAAAAGGUCUGGUAGAGGUGCUUCAUGGCUCCAGAAAUCCUCAUGGACGCAACUUGUUAGCGAGGCUAAUAGUAGUUCAUUCAGCAUCUCACAAAUUCUGCCUGGGAUUCCUUUUCAAAAACAAAAGCUACCAAAAUUCUCUGAUGUGGACCUUGCAGUUUCCAGUGGUAGCAAGCACCAUGAUCAAGUGAAGCAGCAUACAAGUGAGACUAUAAGAGAUGGAAAUGAAAAAUUGGAAGUUGGAAAAGGAUUCACUACUACUAGUAGCUCUGAUAUGGUAGCUUUGGAUGAAGAACAUAAUUUUGUUGAUCUGGAUGUUGAGAAGAGUACACCAGAAAAAGGUGUACAGAUGAUAGGCAAUAAUAUGAAGUUUCUGCCCUAACACUUAGGAAGAAACCUCACAUAGCCCCCAAGAAAACAUCUAUCAAGGAUGUUAAAAUUGGUGAAACAUGCUCUUUCAUGAGAACUGCUGCUUCUGUGAAAGAAUGGAGUAAAACUAAAGCAGCUCUAAGUGGGUCAACUAAAGAAAAAAAAAAAAAUGAGAAGUUGGUGCUAUGAACUCCUGAGAUAUGUUUAAAGUAACAUUGAUAAGUUAGUGCAGCUUCAAAAUUAUUUAGCAUGGUUGGAGGCCAUGAGGCAAAAAUACCUCUUCAACCAAGUUUGAACAACAAGGUCUGUUUGACUAAAAUAUGGGAUUAUUUGAGCUGGCAAAGGUUGUGGAAAUGCAGUCUGAUGUGAACUCUUCAUGGUGUAAUUUUAAUCUCUUUAUUUGGAUCCAAUUUAAGAUGCAAGCUAUUAGUAUUAGUUCAGGCUUUUUCAUUGUGAUCCUUGUUGCUCUAGAGGCUGUCUUCAGUCAUCACUAUGAACUAGUUCUUAUGGUCUAUUUUUUUAUGUUAUUAACAUUUGAUCAUGAGACUCAUGUUUAGUCAUCAUGAAUCGAUGUGGUACCUGUUUUGAGAAUGUGAGAAUAGUAUGCCUCAAAUGGAGAGUCUUAGUUCUAAUAUAUGUAAUUCUUACAACAUUUUGCCAUUAUUCUGUCAUUUCCCCAUUAAGGUUGUUUAAAUAAUUACUGUGGUUCAUAGCUGUCCUGCAGCAGGAACCUAUCUUUUUAGUAACCAAUCGCAGUUAUUCAAAAUUUUUGAUGGACAAAACCAGAACUUGGAACAGCGAGUUCUUGGUUUUUGACCAAAUAAAGAAGUAUCCUCUUUCCCAAUCCAUUCCAUUUCUCCCCUCGUUUAACCUAUGGUAACUUUCUUCCCCCCUCUUUAGUCUCCCUUGAGUAGACCUAUAGGAUUCUCUGUUCUAAUGUUCAGAAUUUUAAUAUAUUUUGGGUUUCGAUUAAUGGUUUAUGCUAGUUGCUAAUGCUCGAAUAGCCCAACCUCUACUUGGAUUCAUUGCCAAAAUUUGUUUUUGGUUUGACACCUGGAUAUUUGUUAGGGUUCUGGUUGGUUUUGUUUUCCUGAGUUGCCAUGCAUGGUUUUUGAAGAGUCCUUGUACAGGUAAUAGCAUUUUUGGGGAGAGAGAUAACUUUAUUGCAGAGAGUUUGUGGUGUCUUAGUUAUGACUUCUUUGUUGAAGAACCAGAGUGAAGGAACUAGUUUGAAUGCAGUGGUGGCAAAGCAAGGGAAAGAGGAUUGAUCAGAAUCAUUGAGGAACUGUGAUAUAUUUGAUGGGGAAUGGACGAAGCAUGACUGGCAUCCGUUCUACAGACCUGGGUAUUUCUUUGCACUGAACUAGUCCCAGCAAAUUCUGUGCAAUUCAGUUGCUUUAAUGGCAUGCCUGAUUUAUCAUAAACUAAGAUGGACACACAAAUUUUGCAUUGCAACUAAGAUGGACUCUAGGUCUUUUUCAAGUGUUUUAAAUUUGGAUUUUGUUUAUUUAAGUUGAAUUGAUAUAUUAGUUUUACUUUUAAGGGAUUUUUUCCAAGUAAGGUGUGUAUAUAGGAAUUAUAGUUUGCUAUCUUAUUUUAGGUUUUUGGCUUAUUUUAUUUUAUUUUUUAUUUUUUUUAUUGGGGGGGUCCUUAAUCAAAAUUAUUUUAAUUGAUCUAUUAAUUUAAUUUUCUGGGUUUUGUUCUCUUGAGAUUGGGUUGUAUUGGGAUUUGUGUUUGUUGUUUUCGUUCUUUUCAUUAUGAGUGUAAUAGUUAUCUCCAAAUCUUAUUUAAGUGUUUUAUUUAUUUAUUUUAUUUCUU